UCCUGAUGCUAUGGCCGUUCUACCGCCAGUUAACGCAAAUGAAUAUAACACUGAUGAAGAUUCCAGCGAGGAAAAUGAAGUGGAUAUAAACAACCUCCCUGGAAGUCAGCUGAUGGCUCAAGUUGAGGUAAUAUUUGAAAACAAGGGAUCUAACCAAACUACAGUUGAGAGUGAUUUUGAUAGCGACGAUAACCUACCUUUGUCUACAUUUCUUACGAAAAAACGACCAAAAUUAUCGACCUCAAAACCAAAUUACUCUUGGAAAAAAGGUGACAUCAACCAAGAUUUUCCAGAAUGGGUAAACACAAGUGGUCCAAAAAAUUCUUUACCUCCUUUAGAACUAUUUUUUCAGUUUAUAGAUGACGAAAUUAUUGACUUGGUUGUAAAAUAUUCCAAUUUGAAUGCUAUUCAGCAUAAUCGUCAAGGUGAUAUAUAAUCCAGUGAAAUGAAAUAUUUCGCUGGUGUUUUACUGCUCUCUGGAUACAACUCAUUUCCUCGACGGUCAAUGUAUUGGGGAAAUAACAGUGACGCAGGAAAUAAGUUAGUCUAUUCGGCGAUUUCUCGAGA